CGAAGAAUCCAUACUCGAGCUUAGAAGUUGGUCCACUUAUGCGUGACGUGAAGAACAAAAUCUGUCAACAGCUGGAGAUGAUUGCACUUUUCGAGGAUGACUACGGCAUGGAGCUUCUUCUUGCAGGAAGCAUCAUCUCUUUAGAUCUCAGUGUUGCGCAGGCAUAUGAGCAGGUUUGGCGGAAGGCGCAUUCGCGGUAGCGAAUUCGGCAAUAGGAACGAGCCUGUUAAUGUCUGCUUCUGGAGUCUCCGGAAGAGAGUGUCCACCAAUGACCGUGACAUAUCGACUCCAGGGACUGGACGGUGAGGCAACAGAACCAAUGAUCAAGGAGCUAGAUGAUGAUAGAGAGGAAAGUCAGGAUCCAGAAAUCGAGUUUGCAAUUACUGGAGUCAUGCUGAAGGAGCUACUGAGUAUGGUUGAGCAUUUUACGGACGAAGAACUGAAGUCUGGUCAGGAACAAGUUGCGUUGGUUUUGAAGCUACUCAUGUUUUGCUGCAAGAUUCGGGGUAACCGGCAGGCUCUUCUUCAGCUUGGUGCCUUGGAUGUUCUCCUGGAGACGGAACAAAUCCUUCUCUUCAGCCGAAUCUGUGGAGCGACUGCUACUCAUCGUGGAGUGUCUGGUCACCGAGGCCAACGAAAGUGACGUUGGAGUGACCGAAGGCGCUCUGAGCACAACAAGAGCCGGCAUUGCCAGAGGGGAACAAGCUGCCAAGGGUGUUCUAAUGUUCCUGGAGCGACUCUCCAAUCCCAGCAGCUACAAGCAGUCUAAGCAGCACAAGAACAGUGACACAGCCGCAAGAAUACUACCGUAUCUAACUUAUGGAGAGGAAGCGGCAAUGGAAGUAUUGGUGGAUCACUUCCUGCCUUACUUACUGGACUGGGGAGCUUUUGAUAAGCUGCAAAAGGAGCACGGUGAGAAUCCAAAGGACGCUUCACUGGGUCAGAAAGCAGCCUUUCAUCAGUUCGCUGUUGAGAAUUUUGUGAAGGUAACGGAGUCGAUCAAGCAAAACGACAGUGGCGAGCUACUUAAAAAUCUCAUACUUGAGAAGAAGAUACUGACUGUUGCCAUACGGUAUCUGAAAGACGCAUUUCCUUUUACUGAAAAGAAAACAGAUCUUCGGUCGUCACCCGAGUGGACACGAUCUUUGGAGCUUCCAUCGGUUCCGAUUAUCCUGUCCAUGAUGAGAGGAUUAUCUAUCGGUCACUGCAAGACUCAAGAAUGUCUUGACGAGGAAGAAGUUCUUCCUCUGCUCCACGCACUGGAGGGCAUGCCAGGAGAAAACGAGAUUGGAGCAAGAGCAGAAAAUUUGCUGGACACGCUAUCCGAUAAAGAGACUUGCGGCGAAGGAUUCCUUGCCGAGACGAUCCUGAAUUUAAGGGAGACAACACGGGACGAGAUGAGACGACGUGCUUUGCAACGAAGGGAAGAGUUACUACAGGGGCUGGGAAUGCGCCGAGAGCUGAGAUCUGAUGGAGGUGAGCGCAUUGUCAUAUCAAAGCCUCGAAUUGAAGGCCUUGAAGACGUAGAAGAGGAAGAAGCGGGACUGGCAUGCAUGGUUUGUCGGGAAGGCUACAAACUGCGGAUGCUGGGAGCUUACUCGUACAGCAAGCGUGUAAACAUCGGUUCUGCGACUGUCCACGGUCGUCCCGAGUGGGUCUACACGACGGUCAUUUCAACUUUAUUCACGUCCAGUGCCACCAAGAGGAAAAGCGAGCCGACGCCUCCCUCAAGAAUCCCAAAAAGGAGUGGGAAGGCGCAGCUAUACGCAACAACGAGACGCUGUGUAACGAUCUCUUUCCUCUCCGCGGCCCAGCAGUCGCGCUUGCGCAGUACUCUCGGUGCGUUGAUACUUUCUGGGACAACUUAAACGCCCUCGGACGUGCGGAUGGUAGCCGGCUGCGCUUGCUCACUUACGAUAUCGUCCUGAUGCUGGGCCGCUUUGCAACGGGGGCCUCGUUCAGUGUCGAUAGUAAAGGUGGUGGCAAGGAAAGUAACUCGAGGCUCUUGCCUUUCAUGGUACAAAUGGCCGGACAUCUCUUGGACCAGCAGGGACCGAGCCAACGCCGUGUUCUCGCAAAAUCCUUACAAACGUUCCUCCAGGCAUCGCCUCCCGAGACUGACGCCACCACUACUCCUGUUUCGAGAACCAUCUCCAGCCCCGGCACGCCGGCCAGAUCGGACGAGACAGUGCAGUAUAUGAUGGUCCAGUCGCUGCUGCUACAAUCCCACGACGAGUGGCAACAGCACAGGAAAACGUUUCUCCAACGGGGUGCUGUCCAUGCCUACAUGCUACACAAACAGGGCUUCUCCUCUUUCUGCCUCGACAUCGCCAUCCCCAGCGGCCAGGAACCCGAUAGAGUUUGCUCUGAGCUUCAGCCCGGCAGCGGAUAUCAAGAGAACAGCGAGCUCGGGAGGACUCCAAGCUACGUCAACUCCAUCGCUCAGCAGCGAGCAGCUGUUUAGCAUCCUCCAGCCGAUGCUGGUGUUUAUCGGGAUCAUCGAUCAGCUCCAGAGAUUUUUCAAGAGCCGGAGUGGUAGUGCCGUCGCCAACAGGAGUAGCAGCGGGAGUAGCAGCAGCGCCGGUGGAACUACCGACGAUGGAACUGAGGCGUGGGAGGCCACCAUGAAGGAGAAGCUCCGGGACGUGAGCGCCAUGCUCGCCUUCUCCAAGGAUUUGCUCGAGUGGCUGGAGGAUAUGCAGAGCUCGGCGGAUCUGCAAGAGGCUCUGGACGUGAUGGGGGCUCUGGGAGAUGCUUUCUCGGCUGGUUUCUCGUCCUGCGACGAGUUUUUCAGGGACGCUCUCGGCCUGGCAUCGCUUUGAAAAUGAUCUUCCUAUAUUCCCAGGGACCAUGAAGAAAAAGAAAAAUCUCCAGCUCAGAAAGUUUCCGGUAGCAUUAUAUGAUGCAUUUCUUUUUUGUGGUGUAUCUGAGAGGGGAUUGUAUAUAAAAGAGCUAUACGCUGUUCAAUUUAAUAAGGAAGUACGUAAUUAA